AUGAAGGUGUUGUUAUGUUUAGUAUUAUUAACUGCUGGUACAAAUGCAACAUUUUUAAAUUUAUUUGGUGGAGGCGGUAACAGGGGAUUAAAUGGUGGUGUAGCUGGUCCAGGUGUUGGUCCUGGUGGACCAAGACCUGGUGUCAAUGGCAACAAUGAAAUACGUCAUGUUAGAAUAUUAACUCCGAUUCCAGUAGUACCAGUCCAAGGUAAUGGUAUUGGUGCCGGUGGUGUCGGUGGUGUCGGUGGUGUAGCUGUUUCAAGUGGUUACGGAGGAGCAAUUGGUCGUGCUAAUAUUGGUGUUGCUGGUGGAAUAGGUCCUGGUGGUCCCGGCGGUCCUGGAUUAGGUGCUGGAAUAGCUCAUGGUCGUGGCGGUUUAAUUGGCGGUGUUAAUGCAAAUGAAGUAAUUGUUGUUAGAUUAAUUCAUGAAAAUGCUGGCGGACAUGGUCCAAUUGAUAAUUCAAUUGCUGGUAUUGCUGGUGGAGCAAUAGCUAAUGGAAGAACAAAUUUAGAACAACAAGUUGUUCGUAUAAUUCAUGAAAAUGCUGGAGCACCUACUAUUGAUUCAUCAGGACAUGGUUUAGUUUCACAUCAUGGUGUUGAUGGUCAACCAGAAGAACGUGUUAUAAGAAUUAUUCAUCAACAUACAUCAUCAGAAACAUCAUCAUCCUUACCAGCUCAUCAUACUAGUCAUGGACAUGAACAAGUUGUUAGAGUUAUACACGAAGAAGAGCAUGAAGUACCAGUACAUUCAGCAUCACAUCCAGUAUCAUCACAUAUAUCAUCUACUUCUGAAUUAUUACCACCUCUGCCACCAGCAGUGACUCCACAUCAUUCAUAUUUGCCACCACAUCAUAAUCAUCAUCAUGAUCAUUUUUAG